AUGUCUUCCUUCGUCAAGACCGUCUCCACCCUGGCCUCCCUGGCCUCCCUCGCCGCCGUCAACCUCGCCGCCCCCGUCGACCUCGGCAGCAGCAGCGCCCUCGCGCGGCACGAAUCCGACUGCGCCGCCGGCAGCACCUUCUACGUGUGCGCGAACGGGUACCGCGGGUGCUACGCCGCGGACCCGUGCGCGCUGCCGCCGGUCCAGGAGAACGAGUCCGAGACCACGUACCCGACGAACCCGGACCCCGCCGAGGGCGAGGAGGGGGACGGGGGUGACGAACAGGACGAGGAGAGCGGCGACGAGACGCCCGUCUACGCCUGCCCCGCGCCGGGCGAGACCGCGCUGAUCUGGCAGCCGACGCUGUACAACCUGUGGCCGUCGGAGCCGGCGCGCGCGGAGGCCGCGGUGUCGGGCGUGGCUAUCUCGGCGGGCGAGCCGGGGGGAGCGCGGGAGCAGGCGGUGGCGUUCCGGGGGGUGCCGGCGGGGGCUAGGGACUGCGUGCUGAACUGGGCGCAGGCGGCGGAGGCGGCGGCGGCGCGGCCGGGGUUCGCGGUCGAGGGCAGCGGGUUCGCGGCGGUGCGGCCGCUGACGGGGUUCCCGGCGGCGGGCGCGCCCGUCUCCGCCGCGGCCGUCGCCCCCUUCGUCGACCCCGCCGCCAAGGUCGCCCACGCCGACUUCACCUUCUGGGACCGCGAUCCCGCCGCCUGGAACCACACCGUCGGCCCCGUCGCCGCCGGCUGCGCCCCCGACCUCUACUUCCGCCUCUGGCUCGACACCGCCAACGGCGACGGCAGCGUCUCCCUCCAGCAGGACCGCCAGAAUGGCUUCUACCUCUCUUACACCUGCUAG